GGAAAGUGCGCGCUCAGGCAUACAGCUGUCUGAGAGGAUGAGAAACGGUACCGUCCCGGGGGCUGCUUGCGGGCAUGAACGGGGGAAAACUGCGAGGUUAUUCAGUACCCAUGCUGCUAGUUAGGACAACAGGGCAAUGCGGAUGUCCCUGACAAGAGGAAACCGACAGAUGCAGGCAACACAACAAAUCCCCCAGCCUGGCCCAGAAACAAUGGAGGACUGGGAUCCUGGUGCUAAUGGAAAGCCGCCCCUUCCACGUAGUAAAAGAAGCUGGUAUCUGGCAUGGAAAUAUAAGCUGAGCAAUCAUCGGACAGUGCGACGAAUGUGCCAGACCGUGGCUGUUCUUUUCCUGCUUGUAACGGUUAUUGUAAACAUCAAGUUAAUCAUGGACACAAGACGUGCAGUUAAUGAAGAAGAGGCUGAACAGGACUAUGAUCUUGUUCAGAAUGUGGAAGCCCCUCAUCGUGCUGGUGGGAAGAAAGUGCUGGACAUCGAAGUCUUUUCCAGUAGGUCAAAGGUCUAUAUAGCUGUGGACGGGACUACAGUGCUUGAAGAUGAAGCAAGAGAACAAGGUCGGGGAAUCCAUGUGAUAGUGCUGAACCAAGCAACGGGCCAUGUUAUGGCAAAGAGAGUGUUUGACACAUAUUCUCCGCAUGAGGAUGAAGCAAUGGUUCUUUUCCUUAACAUGGUGGCACGAGGGCGCAUACUGAUCUUCACAGUCAAGGAUGAAGGCUCCUUCCAUCUGAAAGAUGCGGCUAAGAACCUUCUCAAGAGCAUGGGCAGCCAGAUUGCUUCCUCUCUUGGCUGGCGUGAUAUGUGGACGUUCAUAGUAAAGAAAGGAGGGCAGAUUUUUGGAGAGAAGCAUUCAAAAUCACCUGCGUUAUCAACAUGGGGUGACCCAGUCCUGCUGAAGACGGAUAUCCAGCUCGUCCCACCUGAAGAUGCUGAAUGCCAUUGGCCUGAUACAGAGUUGAAUCGCAGGAGGAAGAGAUUCUGCAGUAAGGUGGAAGGUUACGGCAGCGUUUGCAGCUGUAAGGAUCCGACUCCUAUUGAGUUUAACCCAAGCCCUCUAAAAGAAAAUAAAGUCUCCAACGUGCCAGUGGCUGUAAUUGCUGGGAACAGACCCAAUUACUUGUACAGGAUGCUGCGGUCUUUAUUGUCGGCACAGGGAGUCACCCCACAGAUGAUAACGGUCUUUAUAGAUGGAUACUAUGAGGAACCAAUGGAUGUUGUGGAGCUUUAUGGGCUGAAAGGCAUCCAGCAUACACCUAUAAGCAUCAAGAAUGCACGUGUGUCCCAGCAUUACAAAGCCAGUUUGACGGCCACAUUUAACCUGCAUCCCGAUGCCAAGUUUGUAAUUGUACUUGAAGAAGAUUUGGACAUUUCAAUAGAUUUUUUCAGCUUCCUGAGUCAGACUAUACACCUACUGGAAGAAGAUGAGAGCCUGUACUGCAUCUCUGCAUGGAAUGAUCAGGGAUAUGAGCACACUGCAGAGGAUCCAUCUCUUCUCUACAGGGUGGAGACCAUGCCAGGCUUGGGGUGGGUUUUAAGAAAAAACCUCUACAAGGAUGAAUUGGAACCAAAGUGGCCAACUCCAGAAAAAUUGUGGGACUGGGAUAUGUGGAUGCGAAUGCCAGAACAACGAAAGGGCAGGGAGUGUCUCAUCCCAGAUGUCUCCAGAUCGUAUCAUUUUGGCAUUGUUGGUCUGAACAUGAACGGCUAUUUCCAUGAAGCUUAUUUUAAAAAGCACAAGUUCAAUACCAUUCCGAAUGUGCAGCUAAGCAAUGUGGAGAGCUUGAAGAAGGAUGCAUAUGAGCUAGAAAUCCAUAGGAUACUGAGUGAGGCAGUGGUGCUAGAUCACAGCAAAAACCAGUGUGAGGAUUCGUUCAUCCCAGACUCGGAGCAUAAAACCUAUGUCAUGUAUAUCAGGAUGGAGCAGGAAGCAGACUUCAACACCUGGACUCAGGUCGCAAAGUGCCUACAUAUCUGGGACCUUGAUGUCCGAGGGAAUCACAAAGGAGUUUGGCGCCUCUUUCGAAAGAAGAAUCAUUUUGUGGUGGUCGGGGUCCCUUUUUCUCCUUUUGCAGUUAAGAAGCCCCCCUCUGUGACCCCUAUUUACUUGGAACCUCCUCCCAAAGAGGACGCUGCUGUCGCAGGAGUAGACCAGUCCUGAAAUAUGGCGGCCCCAGAAAGCUGUCCUAAAACUGACAUUCUAUGUUAUGGGAUUGAUAAGAGUAACUCCUGUUCCAGAUGACACUCGGGUUAUGGGACAUAACCAUCCUGACUGUAGCAUUAUUCUUUUGUAAAAUUAGAACUUUUUGGUAAUGCAUUGGUCCUCUGACAUUUCCGUGAAUUUUUAUUUUGUUGACUGAGAAACUGAACAAUUUCCCUACAGAAAUCACUCCUCUUAUAACAAAGACUACAAACAAGACAGUGAUGUUUCUGUUGGAAAAACUGAACCUUAUGCUUAAACUGCAACAGAUCCUCAGCAAUUGCAAUGGUAGUGGAAGAUUUUGUAUUGCGGGGAUGUGUAAUUAAUUUAACUCCCUUUUAUUUAUUAAUGAGGAUGAUUUGAGCAUUGUAUUUUCUUGGAUGUGUGUAUGAAGUGUGUGCAUUGUGGGAACUGACUUGAAAGCGGAAGCUCAUGAGAGUUGAUAAGAGGAAAGGUUACUUAUGUGAGAUUAACCCCAUCUUGUAACAUUUUAUUUCUGAGUGUUUGUGGGAAUGUUGCUUUGCAGCAGUUCACCUGCUAAAGUGGCUGAGCUCCUGCCGUGCCUUAUUGCUGUCUGUCUGGUUCUUGGCUAAACUGUCUUACACAUUAUCAACCUGUCUAUGCCACCUGCACUUUGAAAUGUAAAUGCAGAUGUCUCUUGGGUGCUGUGUACACAUUCUUAGCUUUAGAGGAUACGUUUUGGGGGUGCUAAAAUCCUCCUGUGAAGCUGAUUACAUAGUGGGUUUUUUUCCGUUAGUUUUUUUAACAAUCAGUCAAGGUCUUGUGGUUUAGUAGUGAUGCAUGACCCAAAUUAUCCAGCCUUUGAAAAACCUUUACCUCACUGUAUAAGACAUUACAGGGACCCAGCAAAUGACUUAUUAGACAGAGUAUCAUUGUAUAGAGGUCUGACCCCUCCAUUCUAAUAUUGCAGCCAAUUACUUGUUCUCAUUACACAAUGUAGCAAGUUGCUAGAGGUGUGACCUGUUGCACUAUGGCAAAUCUUGUGCUGCUACGUACUGCUCACGGUGUUUGAAAAUUGCACAAACACUAUCGUUUUGUAAAUUAGUUUUUUUCCAUAUGAGUUCAAGCUCAUACAUUUAUGUAGUGAGGUUUUUAUGGAGCUGGAAUCCAUUGUUACCCUAGUGGUUUACAAGGCGCUUCUAUGCCUUAUAUGGAUUUUGUCAUGUGUAAACUAGACAGCAUUAAAGUCAGUUCUGUCCUACAAAUGAAACAGCAGCAGCUAAACAUGUUAAAAUCAUUUUUUCAGCAACAUUUGUUACAACUGUUUCAUUUUAUUUAGAAACUAACAGGAAGUUAAUGUUUGUAUACAACACUUCCCUAGGGACAGAUGGCUCAUUGCAUUGACUGACCAUUACAGAUAUAUUGGUUAAAAGGACAGUCUACUCCAGAAUUUUUAUUGUUUCUAAAGAUACAGUAGAUAAUCUCUUUAUUACCCAUUCCCCAGUUUUGCAUAACCAUUAUUGUUAUAUUAAUAUACUUUUUACCUCUGAUUAUCUUGUAUCUAAGCCGCUGCAGACUGCCCCCUUAUCUCAGUCCUUUUGACAGACAUGCAUUUUAGCCAGUCCUGACUCAUAAAUAACUCUACAGGAGUGAGCACAAUUGUAUCUCUAUUGCACACAUGAACUAGCACUGUCUAGCUGUGAAAAUCUAUCAAUUGCACUGAGAUAAGAGACAGCCUUCAAAGGUUUAGAAAUUGGCAUAUGAGCCUACCUAGGUCUAGCUUUCAACAAAGAACAUCAAGAGAACAAAGCACAUUUGAUGAUAAAAGUAAAUUGAAAAGUUUUUUUUUAAAAUUGCAUGCCCUAUCUGAAUCAUGAAAGUUUAAGUUUGACUAGACUGUCCCUUUAACCGUAACACACCUUCAUCAGCAUGGAUAUAAACAAGUGGUAUUGUUAAUUAGAUCAGCAUCUGCUUUUUGAAAAAACAAGAAGCCCUAAUACAUUUUUCUUUUCUAUCUUUUAGAUGCAAUAACAAAAACACAAAGUCCCUUUAACUUUACUACAAAAUAAAAUCUUCACUAAUAAGAAUAUACAUUGGUUAUUCAGUGCUUAGAUAAUUCCAGUGUUACGCCUUUUUCUGUUUUUGUCUUCAGGUAAAUUCUUGUCUGCCGUUUGACACCUGGCUUUAGCCAUUCUGGUCUUGUUCUGUCAUAGACCUCAGACCUCUAGUAAUGUCUCAUUUGACAAAGAUUUUAUUUGAAUAUUUAAGACAUAAAACAUAGAUAUACAAAACAAAAUUAAAUUUCAAUUAAAACCAAAGUUUAUCCCAUAUUAUCUAUCUUUUUUUUUUUUUUUUAUCUAGAAUACUUAAAGGGAUAUGAAACCCAAUUUUUUUUUUCUUUCAUGAUUCAGAUAGAGCAUGUCAUUUUAAGCACCUUUCUAAUGUACUCCUAUUAUCAAGUUUUCUUGGUAAACUUUGUUAAAUGAACAGCAAUGCACUACUGGUUGCUGACUGAACACAUGGGUGAGCCAAUAGCAAUCAUUAUGUAUCUGCAGCCACCAAUCAGCAACCUAGGUUAUUUGCUGCUCCUGAGCUUUCCUAGAUAAACCUUUCAUCAAAGGAUAAGAGAAGGAAGCAAAUUUAAAUUAUAGACAUAAAUUGGAAAGUUGCUUUAAAUUGUAUUCUCUAUCUGAAUUAUGAAAGGAAAUGUUUGGGUUUCAUGUCCCUUGCUAGCUGUUAUGUACUCCAAUAUGUUCUUUAAAACAAGACAGCAAGCUGAUAGGCUUGUCCUUCGUCAACAGUAUGCAUUGGAAAUGAGAUAUGACAGGGCCUUAGUGUAAUACAAGAUUCCGAUAACUGAUGUCACAUUUCACCCCAGUCUGUUUCUGGGCAUUUGAAAUAAUACUUUUUUUAUCCUACUAAUUAUACGUAGAAUAUAAUUUGCUGUGCAAGUAGCAUACACGGUUUGUGUCCACUAAAUUAUACUACUUUCUAAAUUUUAAAUACAAAAGCUAUUUUCUUUAUGCACUUUUCAGUCUGCAGAUCAUGACGGCUGCUAACCACUAAAUAAUAGCAGUGAUUUUUGCUCUGUAAUUUAUAAGUGAUGACACUACUGUAUCAUGGGAUCCAUAUACAAGUUAGAACGUAAUGGCGUUUUUAAACACUGGAAUUUGUUCAUCUCAUUGAUAGCUGGAGACAAAAAUACAUCCGAUGCCAUAAAAAUGAAACUUCCGCUGAGCUCUUUAUGAAGCUGAGUCUAUUUACAAGUGCUGGUGUUUCUGGGUUUUUUAAUACAAAAUAUUGGUAAAUCCUGCACUAAAUCAAAGUUUGAACUUUUAGACCAGUUUUGUCUUUUUCCAAAAAAAAACAAUUAUUCAAAAUUUUUAUUUUACUUGUAUGAUGCAUUAUAAUAAACCGAUAAACACCACAAAUUGUGUCUUAUUAGAUAUUGUGAGUCUGACAUCUUAACCAUUAAAUAGAAAGCUAACAAAUUUC